AUGGGUAAAGUCUUGCAGAAGAAGAAGGCCCGCUCCGGUCGUUCCACGGCUCGCGCCAAGGACAAUCGUCUUAAGACCGGCCACAAGAAGAUCAACGUGCUGGGCAAUCAGAUCAUCGCCGACAACUGGGAUCGCAAAUUGACCUUGACUCAAAACUACCAACGCCUGGGUUUGAUGCACAAGCUGAACGCACCUUCCGGAGGUCGUGAGCGCCUCCCCGCAAAAGAUGAACAAUUCCCCGAGAACAAGAACUCCCUCCACAUCCGCGGUAGUGCCAAAGCCGACGCCGCCAAGGUUGACUUGGGCUCUGCCCGCGUCGAGCGUGACCCAGAGACCGGUGCCAUUCUGCGCGUUAUCCACGACGAGGACGAUGACCACAUCGAGGUUGCUGGUCGUCACCUCUCCCGCAAGAACCCCCUCAACGACCCUCUCAACGAGGUCGAAACCGGCAAUGGCGAGAACAACAUGCUUGCAGACUCAGUGAUUGUGCAGCAGCUCGAGCGCCAGGCUGAUCAGGAAGGAAAGACGGUUCGCGCGAAGAAGCCUCGGUUCCAGAGCUCCCGUGAGGGCGAGUGGGCUCAGCGUCUUAUUGAGAAGCAUGGUGAUGAUUUCACGGCCAUGGCUCGUGACCGCAAGUUGAACCCGAUGCAGCAGAGCAUCGGUGAUUUGCGGAGGAGGAUCACCAAGUGGCAGAAGAGUCAGUAG